AUGACGAACUUCAGCCAGUGCCGGACAGACCCCAGGAGGUCUCAUUUCACCUUGGAGAACUGGGAAGACACCGUGACGGUGGAAUGGGACAUGAUCUUUCGCGAGAUGGGCGAGUUCGCGCCGGUGAACUUGGGCUCUGCAGGCUACUCCGGCUACGACGGGGUCUACAUCUUGCAGGAUGCCAGGGAGAGAUGUCAGGCAGAGACGGGCUUGCAGCUCUCCUACUACAGCAACUUCAAUGCCAGCUGGUUCCACCCUGACCGCUACGCAGCCACCGUGGCCAUGAUUGCUCCUCACCGGGUCAUGAACUGCACGGUGGGAGUGAACUUCUUCCACCCCGAGUACGCCAAGGAUGGGAGACCGGGUCGUAGGUGCAGCCUGGGAAAGGAACGUAUGAACGAAUCGGAAGACGAAAGGGAAGAGUACGUGAGGGCGACGGGUGACACCCAAGCCACUGAGGAGGUGGAUGGCCGGUUGGUGCUGAAAUGCUUCCAGGAACGCUGGUUUGUGGCGCCCAGCUGCCGUGGCAACGCCUCCAACUGCGUGGCCGUGGUGACUUCAGGUGCGGGCUGGGGCCUGCACUUCAUGAUCCAGCAGGCCUACUUUCACAACAUGCCACUGGCUUUUGCCUCUGCGGAGUGGGAGGAGUACAUCGAUAUCAACCUCGAAUUCCAGCCACUGAGCGACCGAUUUGAGCGAGUGACUGGUGGCCACACCCCCCCGGAGGUUCUGGUGGCGGGAAGGCUGAGCGACUGGUCGGCAUUAUACUGGUGGAGGCCUGAUGAGACUUUUGUGCUCCAACGCGGGAUGGCGGUGGUCUUCCCAUCCCAUAGCGUGUCGGAGUACAAGGCUGGCAUCUACCGGACUUCCCAAAAGGAACUGACCUUGCGGAAGUAUGCGGCUGCCGGCUUGGAUGUGGUGGCAGAUCGAGUCUAUGGACUGGCAGAGAAUCUGAACAUCGGGGAUGGCGACAUGGCGAACUUGCUGUACCUCCAUGCCCAGAGCCAAGCGGUCAACAAUGGGACAGCACCCGAGACCUGGGACACUGCCUGUAGGUGGAUUUUGUCGAACACAGAUGCGUGGCAAAGUUGGGUUCCGUAUCAAACGGUUUGCGCCGUGGGUAAAGGCCUGGUGGAUCUGCAAAACAACUUUGUCUCACUGAGGAGCGAGGCGGUCAACUGCGCGGUGUGUCCUCCGGGCUUCGCCUCUUUGAAGAGCCAGUCGACUCGGGUGUGCUCCAAAUGCCAGCCCGGCUUCUACCAGAACUCCUUCCGCGCUGCCGAGUGUUUGCCCUGUGAGCCUGGGACCAUCUCCUCCGAAGCGGGCUCGCAUCAUUGCACGCCCUGCAGCUUGGGCAGCUUUGCCAAUCGCAGUGGCAUGUUAGCGUGCGACCGCUGUGGGAAUGGAAGCCAAGAGGAGCUUUGGACCACCAGCAUGCAGGUGGAUGUGUAUGAGGAGACCACCUGGAUUCAGGUUCAAGGGGCCAGCUCAGCGCAGUUUUGCUUCUGCGUUGAGGGCAGCUUCCUCUGGCAGGGGAGGUGCCAACAGUGUACCACCGGGUCCUACUGCCGGGGCUCCAACCAGCUCGAGGUGUUGCCGGGCUACUUCUCUUCGUCGGUGGCGCCGGGGGAGAUCUACAAGUGUCUCUCCGCGAGCCACUGCCCCGGGGGCAAGCCGGGCACCUGCACCGUUGGGCGUGACCCUGACUCAUUGGGUUGCAGUAGCUGUUUGAGCAUGCUGCGCGCGAAGGAUGGAGGCUCCUGUGGAGAGUGUGACAAUGGGGACUAUCUGCUGGCGGUGGCAUCUGUGGCAGCAGUCUUCAUCGGUGUCGGGAUCAUCUACUAUGUGCCUGGUCUGUGUGACGGAACGAGGGUGAGCCAGCCUGGGCCUUUGCUCAUCACCAUCACCAGCGUCACCCAGUUGUUGACCACGGUGCAGAUCCUGAGUGUGGUACAUCUCUUUGACAUCCCUUGGCGAGAGCCAUUCGCAAGCAUCCUGGAGUUCUUGAAGAUUUUCAACUUCAACUUGGAUGUCCUGUCCAUCGCAUGCCUCACUCCUCUGGACUCCUUGGGCGAAUAUGUCCUGCGCGUUUGCUUGAUGCCAGUACUCAUGCUGGUUGCACUGCUGGUGCACUUUGGACGCUUGGACACGAACGGUUACUUGCUCUUCUUUCAUCGGCCGAUGAGCCUGCGAAACCUGAAGCUCAGCCAACUCUUCCGCACCAUUGGCACCAUUUUCAUGAUCUGGUUCAUCAUUGUCUUCUCCCUGCUGCUGGAGCCUUUCCAGUGCUAUGAGCAUCCCAAUCAGGUGCUGACCUUGAAGCACAUGUAUCAAUCGGUGCUCUGCAAUGGUCAAGGGCGGCACAUGCACAUGUACAUCAUUGGCGGCGUGGCCUGUGCCAUGCCUAUGGGCUUCCUGGUCUUUUGCACCUGGAUUGUGUUGGUGGAGAUCCCGAAAGGAAUCGCGCAGGUGGACACCAGCGCGCUGGAUGCCUAUUUCUUCCUCAUCCGAAGGCUCCGUCCCGGCGCGGAAAUCUUCUCCGUGCUCUUCCAGGUGCGAAAUCUCUUCGUGGUCUUGUGCCCGUUGGUUCCUUCCAUGUCAGGGAAGAUAGUAGCUCUCAACCUAGUGCUGGGCGCCAACCUGAUCGCGGUGGUUUAUGUGCUUCCCUGGCGCUCAGCAGUCUCCAACUUCUUAGACGUUGUAUUGCUCUGCGGGCUCUUAGGGAUCACGGAAAUGGCUGCCUUGUUCGUACAGGACGUGGAUGCGAGCAAUGACAUUUGGGUCAUCAUGGCAUGCCUGUCGUUGAUGGUUCUGGGUAUUUUGGGCGCCGUCGGCUUUGGCAUCUACAAGGCUAUUAGACAGAAGUUUCGGAAGGAGUUCAAGUUCUUCUUAUGUCACCAUAAAGCUGCCUCGGGGUCGAUGGCUCGACUGUUGAAGAUCGAGCUGCAGAAUCGCAGCCCUGGCAGCAAGACCUUCGUUGAUAGUGAUGACCUGAUGAAUCUCACACGGCUCUUCAGUUACGUGGCCCAGGACACGGACACCUUCGUGGUGCUCGGGAGCCCCGCGAUCUUCACGCGGAAGUGGUGCAUGGGGGAGAUGGCCACGGCCUUUACAAACGAGGUUCGUACCGUCCUCUUGGCCUGGCCGACCAUGGUCUUGCCCGACGAGCAGUUCAUCGAGAACUACCGGUCCACUGUGCCGGACAUCAAAGAGCUCACCAAGUUCGGGAUCAGUUUGACGGAUGUGAGGCGGCUUGGAGAAAAGCUUUUUUGA